GAUGUACAGUGAGGGCGGGGUUACGCAUCAAAGAUUAUUUCUCUUGAUAAAUCUUGCAGAAUGUUCUCCUCAAGCAGCUGGGGAAUGAAUUGUAUGCUAUUUAGGCUGCUCGAUGUACUGAGGAUGAAGAUGCAACCAUAUUUCUCCGAAUGUUACCUUCUCUCUUUUGGAAGCCAAUCGAUUUUUACAGUAUUUGUUAGGAUAUUUAUUUGUUAUUGACCCAUUUUGUUAAUUAUAAUCCCUGCAUUUUGUCGACAUUAUAAAUAAUUAUGUCGGAUACUGCGGAUACCGAAGAAAAUCAGGAUAUGCUACCGAGUUUGGUCGAGCAGAUAGUCCAGCGAAUAACAGCCGGAGAGGUCCCUAUCAAGAACAUUGAGCGUGAACUCAUUUGUCCGAUCUGCAAGGAGCUGUUUACACACCCACUCAUCUUGCCCUGUCAGCACAGCGUUUGUCACAAGUGUGUCCGAGACCUGCUGCUAUUGAACCAUGAGGAUUCUUUCGAUGCAGGCUCAGAGUGUUCCCUCCCUGGGAGCCCAGGGCUCCGAUCCAGAGUGCACUCGCCAAGCAUGGAGAGGCUGGAUAGGCUUGCAAGAUCAGGCUCUAUCUCCUCACCAGGAUGGAGGCGUGGCUCUGUGACCCCCCGCAUCACCACUUUCCCAUGCCCGGGUUGCCAACACGACGUGGACCUGGGCGAGCGGGGCAUGAGCAUGCUCUUCCGGAACUUCACCCUGGAGAGCAUUGUGGAGCGCUACCGGCAGGCAGCCCGCGCCGCCGUGGCCAUCAUGUGCAACAUGUGCAAGCCGCCCCAGCAGGAGGCUACCAAGAGCUGCAUGGAUUGCAAGGCCAGCUACUGCAACGAGUGCUUCAAGUUCCACCACCCCUGGGGCACCCCCAAAGCCCAGCACGAAUAUGUGGGGCCCACCAUGAACUUUAGGCCCAAGGUGCUGAUGUGUCCGGAGCAUGAGAUGGAGAAGGUCAACAUGUACUGCGAGGUGUGCCGGCGUCCAGUCUGUCACCUGUGCAAGCUGGGAGGCUCUCAUGCAAACCACAAAGUCACAACCAUGAGCAGCGCCUACAAGAUCCUCAAGGAGAAGCUAUCAAAGGCUAUCCAUUACUUAAUCAGCAAAGAGGACCAAGUGAAGACUCAGAUUUCCCACCUGGAAGUGUUGAUCAAUGAAACCGAGGAGAACGGCCAGUUGGCGGAGCGUCGGACCAACGAGCACUUUGAGCGACUGUUCGAGACCCUCCAGGAGAGGAAGUUUGAGAUGCUGCGCUCCAUCGAGCAGUCGAGGACGCGGCGUCUGGACCAGCUUCGGGGCCAGGUGGACGAGUACCAGGGCAUGUUGGAGAACAGCGGCCUGGUGGGUUAUGCCCAGGAGGUUCUCAAGGAGACGGACCAGUCCUGCUUUGUUCAGACUGCCAAGCAGCUUCACACCAGGAUCGCGAAAUCCACCGAGUCUCUGAGGACAUUCCACCCCGUGGCCGACCCCUCCUUUGAUGAGUUUGUGCUGGAAACUUCCAGAGAGGAGACUCUGCUGAAGGAGCUAUGUUUUGGGGGAGUCCCUGACCCUCCCAUCAUCGAUCUGUCCCGCAGUCGCGUCUACAACGAAGGCCUGGUGUGCUGGCAGUUGGCUGAGGACACCCUGGCCACAGACCACCAGGUGCUGGAGUACAGGAAGCUGGGUGUUGAGAAGGACGAGGAGGAGGGCAGCAGCCGCUGGCGCCCCACAGUCCCGGUGUACGGCCCCAGCACAGUGGUGUGCGACCUGGAGGCCAACAGCCUCUACUCGUUCAGAGUACGCAGCUGCCGCAACUCCCUCUACAGCCCCUACAGCCCAGAAGUCACCUUCCACACACCACCUGCUCCAGUGUUUGGCUUCCUGUUCAAUGACAAGUGCGGCUUCAGCUCGGAGCGGCUGACGUUGAGUAAGCUGCGUGACUCGGUGGAGAGUGCGGCCGGCAUGGCCUUCCUGCUGGCUGCUGAGCGUGUGCAGACAGGCAGCUACAUGGGCCUGGACUACAUCAUCGGUGACACGGGCAUCUCUCAGGGCAGACACUACUGGGCCUUCCGCGUGGAGCCCCACUCCUACUUAGUCAAGGUGGGCGUGGCCUCUGAUUCCAAGCUGCUGGAGUGGAUCCACAACCCCCGGGACACUAGUAGCCCCAGGUACGACCACGACAGUGGGCACGACAGUGGCAGCGAGGACGCGUGCUACGACCUGUCCCAGCCCUUCACCCUGCUCACCGUGGGCAUGGGCAAAGUGUUCAUACCCAAAGCAUCUAUCUCUUCCGCCACCGCCGGCAAUGACCACGGCAACCGGGUGCUGCCCAUGCCCCAGCGCAUUGGCGUGUACCUGGACUACGAGGCGGGCCGUGUCUACUUCUACGACGCAAACACCAUGAGAUGCCUUUACGAGCGGCAAGUGGACUGCACCGGUACCAUGUAUCCCGCGUUUGGCCUCAUGGGUAGUGGCAAGGUUCAUCUAGAGGAGUUCAUCACAGCAAAGCGGCUGUCGUAUAUGUGAGAUGUUGGGCCUUCCACACACCAAAGUCUCUCUCGCACUCUCAACACUUGCCUUUGAGCUCAUGUUUCUCUCUCUCUGCUUUCAGUCAGGUAUAUUUUUGUAGUGAUUUGUUUGUGUGUGUAUGUACACACUAUUUCAGUUGAUUAUGAUCAUGCCAUUUCUUUGUUUUAAUGAACAGCUAUUUAUAUUGUACUACUAAGUCCAGUAAUAUGUAGCCAAGAGAAACUCGAAGAGCCUUGUAGCUAGUCCCACUCUUGUGCCUUUCAUGAUAAAUAGGUAAUCUAGCAAAUGCUGUAAUUUGUCUAAUAAUAACUGUGCAAAACAGCAAGGUUAGUCAUCAGUUACAAAGGUGAGAGAGUGUAUCUAAGUCACAAGGACCCCUCGGUUGAGAAACAUCCCUACCAAAAACUGAGACAAAACGUAUACCUAAUCAAUGUCCUUUGACAAGACUCACGGUCAACACCGGUUGGGUAGACCGCAUUCGAAUUUGGACACAUUCUCACAGGUGUUUUAUUUAAAAGACUACCACACCUUUCACAUAUUCUCUCAAAACCUACUCACUACUUCAAAGCAGAGCACAUUUAUCUGAAUUGUAACACUAGGCAUUCACAGGGUGGAAUUCAAACGUGAGAUCUGCGUGUGCAACUCAGACUUCCCAUGUAAAUCAUGGUGUCAACUUUUGGAAUUGUGAGUUGACACAGGCCGAUCUCAAGUUAAAAUUGCGCUCUCACCGAUUUUAGUUGUUAAUCACAAAAUGUUGACAUUAAUUAAUUGAACUCUGACACGGCUGUCUCGGAUGCAGUUGUUCAACAGCAGUGAAUGUUUUCCUUUUAGCACCAAGAAUGUGAAACCUAGGACACCUGACAGGUUCUUACUACACAUACUUCCACGGAACUCUCUGCUACGAUGUAGUUCCUUUUUUGGACUACUUCAUAUUAGAAAAGUCUACAGAACUUACAGCCAGUUGUUACACAAGUUGUUGAUUUGGCUCUUGAGAAUCAAGAGGGGGCAGUGUUUCAGAACAUUUAGAUAGAAAAUAUAUUAUGCAAAUCGACCAAAUUCUCUGUCCUCUAGAAAAAGGUGUCAUUUUGACUCUAUACAUUACUUUUAUCUCAUUGUGAACAUUUCACCCGACUGAAUACACCCCUGGUCAGCUCUGGCUUUCCUACAUGCGUUUCUGGACAGGACUAUCUGUAGAUCCAGUCAUGUUUGUGUUUUGUUGAGGGUAAGGGUAAUCGGUGUGUGUUUUCUCAGGUUUGUGGCCUGUGGGCCUUAUGCUACCUACCUCCUAUCGGCCCUGGAAAUCCUUUUAAAACUAUACCUUCCUCCUCGGAACAGGACUUAACUUUCCUUUGCAGCUUCUAUAAAUACAUCACAAUUUUAUUAUACCGUAAUAUAUCAGCCUUUAAGCUUGUUAUUAUCCAAUAAUAAACUGGAAUUAACUUUUUUUUCCAUUUCAACCUCCAUGUACAUAUCUAGUGUGACAUUUUCUGUCAAAUAAAACCUAGAUCUGCAAUUUAUUCUCGGAGUUUGUAUCUGCUGUGAAGUUACUCAAGGCUUAAUGGAAAUUGGUGGAAAAUUGUAAUUGGACCUAGAUGUAAUCAUGUCUGCCUGAAUUUGUGAAGUGAGCAAUUUAAAACUGAACAUACACAUCCCCCUUUCUGUGUUUGAUGUGCUUAGGUCCAUUUGAGUGUAGCGUUUCCUAGAAUUUGUGGUGUUAUUUUGUUGUUGCUUAUCUGAAUCCUAUAAGGUCAUGUUGAGUAACAACGUAAUCUGUAGUUUUAAACUCAAUUCCUAUUUACUUUAGAAUUGGUGCGCAUCAUUUAGAGUAAUUCUCUACCAUUCCUUUUAGGGCACAACACCUCUACCUGUUCCUUUUGGAAUGACUGAAACACCUUUAAAAAGUCUAUGCACUUAAUUAACAGGUUCAGGGUUGUUUAUUCAUCACAGAAUGCAUUAUUAUAUACAGAACAAACUGAAUGUCUCUUAGAUUAGGUGUUUGUGUUCAUUUGCUUUUCUUGGGUCAAGUCACUGGUGGCCACAGCAGCUGUGUCUUUCACGGUCGAUGUAUGGUAGAGGUUUACUAUAUAGUGCGCAUAUUUUAGCGACAUAUCACUGCUAAUUUUAGAAAAGGGAAUCAUAUGGCUUUCAGUAGUAAGUUAAACCAAAUAUUCUGCAGACUCUCAAUCAAAUGGUUCAAGCUAGCACUUUAAACUGUAGCAUGUAUGCCUCUCGGCUGUGCAGGUCUGUAUGAAUUGGUGUGCAAUAUUAUGUAGAAUGCAGGAAAUAGGCCUAUUGUUUUCUCCUGUAAGUAAUGGGUUGCGAUGUUUGCUUUCUGUGAGUAUAAUGCUUUAAUGAACAUGAAGCUUUGUUGGUCAUCAGAUUCUUGAAAUACUAAGCUUUUUUUUUUAUUUGCUGUUUGUUGAUUUGUAUGAAAUAAACUAGUGUUUUAAACCAAU